CAGAGUGAAAACAGAUAUGCUACAUGUGAAACUACAAACCAAUUAAUUUUCCUAAAUUUCUUAUAUUUUCUACUAUUCUAUUGAAUUUGUUUAUUUGAGUGCCUAAAUUUGAUUGAGCAAGCAAAGUGCAGCUUCUAACCUCUGUUGUUCGAGGAAUAAAAAAACUAAUGAGUCACUGAAUGUCUUAAAGCAAUCGCUGAAAAGAUCCGUGAUUUUCAUUUCGUUCCCGAACAAACUUUAAGACAUUCAACCACAAGAUGUCUGAGUCCCGUGAUAAGACACCGGAUAACAGCAACGCAUAUAGCUGUGUUGCCUGUCAAAGGCCGGACUCCGCUGACAACAUUGUUGCCUGUGAUAAGUGCUCCGAUUGGUGGCAUUACUCCUGUGCCGGCGUAACAGAUUCUGUGAAGACCGCGAAAUGGUUGUGCCGAAAUUGCUUCCCACAAGCAGCCCAGUCAGUUUCCAACGCCUCGACAUCAGCUUCCCGGAAAGCUCGCUUAGAACUGAGCAUGAAGCGCCUGGAGGAGCAGCGAGAGCUGGACAAGAAACUAAUGGAGCUGGAACUGGAAAAGAAAUACUUGAAGCAAAAGUACCAACUAUUGGAGGAGACGCUGCAGGAAGAGUUUGAAACUCGAAGCGUCCGUAGUCGGGUCAACGAGAUAGAGUCUCGGCAGAACAACGUUAGGCGAUGGGUGGAACAACAAGCAUCCGAGAAAUCAGCGGCCAAGGAAGAUGAUGUCCCCGCAGUCACGUCGGAUAACCGACAGGAUGUUCACCAAGGUCCACCUGUUCACAUCACGGACGCGGAAGACGGAGCAGUAAGCGGGGUCGAUUGUGCGAUUAGAGAUCCACAAGCCGUCCCUGGAAGCAAUGCCUUCGGUAAUCUCCGUCGCACUUUGCAGAACUGCAAGCAGGACCAGCCAACGCUGCAGCAACUGCAAGAAUUGCAAGAGCAAUUAAAAAUAUGCCAGCUUCAGUUGCAACAACAAUCUACUCCUAUUUCUUCAAGACGCCCGGACGUUUCAAAGGGAGCCAUUCGCAAAACGCACCGGGAUGAGAUCGUCAGGCCCGCUGAAGAUAUGCCGCGUUCGGCGGUACCAAACCCCAUGGUGCAUGAGGCCCAUGAUCAACACAGAAAUCACCGUUAUCCGGAGCCGCUCCGGAAUCCAAAUCAGUUUGCUCCCUCCGUUCCGCUUGUACGUCAUCGUGUAGAAGUACCGAUUCCGUCCGUUAGCUCGUUUGUUCCUCGUGGCCCGUCUCCCGAACAAAUUGCCGCUAGACAAGUGAUGACCCGUGACUUGCCGGAAUUUACUGGCGAUCCCGAAGAGUGGCCAAUGUUCGAGAGUAGCUUUAACAAUACGACUGCAGCUUGCGGCUACAACCAUGCCGAGAAUCUCUCUAGGCUCCAGCGGUGCCUGAAAGGCGCUGCACACAAGUCAGUCAGGUAUUACCUGAUGUCGCCGGAAUCGGUUCCGGACGUCAUGAAGACAUUAAAAAUGCUUUAUGGCCGCCCGGAGAUGAUAGUCAACAAACUCAUUAGAAACGUUCGUGAAACUCCAUCUCCGAAACCGGAGAAAUUGGAAACGCUGAUUGAGUUUGGGAUGGCCAUUCGCAACUUAACCCAGCACCUAAUCGCCGCCGGUCAGCAAUCACAUCUGUCCAACCCAAUACUGCUGCAAGAACUGGUGGACAAACUUCCUGCAGGUGUCAAAUUGCAAUGGGCGCAGCAUCUCCAGAAUCAUCCGGUCGCAUCACUACAGAUUCUCAGUCAGUUCAUGACAACUGUCGUGGAUUCUGUCAGCAAGGUUGUCGUGUAUGUUGGUGAGCCAAUACAGAAGCACGAAAAGUCCAAAAUCCGUGAGAAAGGGUUUCUUCACGCCCACGCUGAAGCAAAUGGAGCAGGUGCUUACGCUGCGACAAAACGUUGCCCAAUAUGCACCAAAGAUGAUCAUCGAGUUCCAGAUUGCACCUCGUUUAAAAGAAUCAGUGUCGAAAAUCGGUGGAAGAGCGUUACAUCCCUGAAACUCUGCCGUUGUUGCUUGAACUUCCAUGGUCGUCGAACAUGUAAAAGUACAAAUCGCUGCGGAGUCAAUGGCUGCGAGCUGCGACACCAUCCCCUUUUGCAUUCACCACCUCCAACAUCCACAACUACGGGCAAUCAGCGAGUGACCCAGUCGUCCGAAAAUCACGCUCAUCACCACUGUGGACAAUCCGUGUUGUUCAGAAUUAUACCUGUGGUACUACACGGACCUUCCAAAUCGAUGACAGUUUUCGCCUUUCUCGACGAGGGAUCCUCAGCGACACUCAUCGAGCACGACCUUAUCGGACAACUGGGGAUUGAAGGACAAAAUGCUCCACUGUGCCUCACGUGGACGGCAAACAUGUCCCGGCUGGAAUCGAAAUCGCAACUGGUUUCUCUGGACAUUUCCGGAAUUGGUCAGCAGAAAAGAUAUCAACUUGCGAAUGUCAGGUCCGUUGAAGUCCUCAAUCUGCCCCGCCAGACCUUACGUUUUGGAGAACUGCAAAAAAGCUUUCGACACUUGGCUGAACUUUCAGUUGAUAGUUAUGAGGAUGCUGUACCACAAAUUUUGGUUGGACUCCGAAACCUGAAGCUUGCUGUACCGCUAGAGACAAGGGAAGGCAAUCGGGGACCAAUUGCAACCAAAACAAGUUUGGGUUGGUGCGUUUAUGGAAGUCUCGAUUAUGGAUGUAAACCCGAACACGUCAGCCUUCAUAUCUGCGAAUGCGAUACCAACCGGAAGCUUGAAUCGAUGAUGAAGGAGUACAUCAAUGCGGAUUACACUGGAGUUGCUCCGAUUGAACCACUGGUGUCCGAGGAUAACAAACGAGCCCAAAGGAUCCUUGAAGAGACGACGACAAGGGUUGGAAACCGAUUCCAAACUGGUUUGAUUUGGCGGUACGAUGAAAUUGAUCUACCAGACAGUUUCCACAUGGCUUUACAGCGUCUUCAAUGUUUGGAGCGAAGGAUGACACGGGAUGCAGCUUUGAAGGAGAAUCUCCAUCGGCAGAUCCGUGAAUAUCAGGACAAGGGUUACGCUCAUCGACUAACGCAGGCAGAACUACUUGCAGCGGAUCCUGCGUAUCUGCCUAUCAGCGCUGUGACAAAUCCCAAUAAGCCCGGAAAAGUCCGCCUCGUAUGGGAUGCGGCAGCGAAAGUGGCCGGUAUUUCGCUGAACAGUCUCCUACUGCCAGGACCGGAUUUGUUAACUCCAUUACCCCAUGUCCUGUUCCGUUUCCGACAAUUUCCGGUGGCCGUCUCUGGUGACAUCAAAGAGAUGUUUCACCAGGUCGGUAUCAUUGAGUCCGAUCGGCAUUCGCAGCGUUUCUUGUGGCGCGACAACCCCGAACAAACUCCGCAAAUCUUUGCGAUGGACGUCGCCAUUUUUGGUGCUGCGUGCUCACCGUCAUCCGCGCAAUUUGUAAAAAACAAAAAUGCGCAAGAGCAUGCAUCACGAUUUCCCAAGGCAUCGGAAGAUAUAGUAAAGUGCCAUUACGUGGACGAUUACCUUGGGAGCUACGAGACCGUCGAUGAAGCCAAAGAAGUCGCCGAAGGCGUGAAGGUGGUGCAUUCCAAAGGAGGAUUUGAGAUCCGAAAUUGGGUAUCAAAUAGUCAAGCUGUCGUGGAACAUUUGGGCGGAGAACCAGCGAACGGGAUGAAGGAGCUAAUUUCGAAGGGAAACGGCAAUACGGAGCGUGUUUUGGGAAUGCCCUGGCAAUCGGCAGCGGACGAAUUGCGAUUUUCAACGACAUUCCGUAGAGAAAUCGUGCAACUAGUCGACUGCGAAGUUAGGCUAACAAAACGACAGAUGUUGAAGUGCAUCAUGAGUCUCUUUGACCCGCUAGGCCUGCUAGCAUCGUUCUUGGUGCAUGGCAAAAUAAUGAUGCAGGAGGUAUGGAAAACGAAAAUUCAAUGGGACGAGCGAGUUGACGACCACAUCUACGACCGUUGGAAGAAAUGGAUCGCUCUAUUUAGCAAGAUCGAGGACCUCCAAGUGCCACGUUGCUACUUCCAGCACGCUAACGCCAACAUGUACUCGGCACUCCAACUCCACAUAUUUGUUGACGCAAGUGAAGACGCGUACUCGGCGGUUGGAUAUUUCCGUGUAGAGGCUCCCGACAAGAGCGUUCUUUGCACGUUAGUAGCAGCAAAAACAAAGGUUGCACCGAUACACCACGUCACUGGAAUUGAUGGCGGCGGUAUUAGGAAGCAGACUAGCAGCCUUCAUUUCUGA